AUGCGUGUUGUCUCUGAUAAUGGGCCACAGUAUGCCUGCGCUGAGUUUAAGACCUUUAGUGACAAGUGGAAGUUUGAACACAUAACGUCGUCACCACUGUAUCCCCAGGCCAAUGGUCUUGCCGAAAAGACAGUCCAAACUCUCAAGCAGCUGUUACGAAAGUCUAGGCAGAGUCAUGCAGAUCCAUAUCUGGCAAUGUUAGCUUAUAGGAAUACGCCUAUAAAUGGACUCGCCUCACCAGCACAACUGCUGAUGGGACGCAGAAUGAGAAGUGACUUACCGGUGCAAUAUGAAAUGCUCAGACCUGAAGUUGUUGACUGCGAUGUAGUAAAACAAACAAUCUCACAGUCACGAGAGACCCAGAAAGUCUACUAUGAUCAGAGAGCUCAUCCAAGACCACCAAUACAGGUGAAUGACAGUGUGAGAUUGAGGCAAGGGAAGGACUGGAUCCCAGCUAAAGUUGUGAAAUCUGCAAGCACUCCACGGUCUUUGGUAGUAAGAACUCAAGGUGGCACAGAGUACCGAAGGAAUAAGUAUGACCUGAUUCCAACAAAGGAAAAUCUUCCUGACGACUGCAGUACCAUCCAAAGUCCUGAUGGAACCACUCAAGGAGCGGCUAAUGCUAUUCCAGAGAAUGUUCCUGUACAGUCUGCAGACACUCCGCCAGACAUGAAUGUGUCGCAAAGCCUUGCUCCAUCGAGGAACCCCAUUUCAUUCUCGUCAAGUGGUCGACCAAUCUUCAGACCACAGCGAUUCUCUGAGUGA